AUGCCAGAAAUUGUAGAAGAAAACGAUCUGUUUCGUGUAGGUUAUGCUUUACCUACAAGAAAGAUUGACGCUUUCAUGGUGGAACCGUUUAUAAGCUAUGCUAGAGAACGAGGCAUUGUUUUUAUUCCUGUUGACGUGUCAAAAUCAUUAACCAAUCAAGGUCCUUACGACUGCAUCAUUCAUAAACUCUACGGCGCUGAAUGGGAACAUAAUCUUGAGAAAUUCGCCGCGAAUAACCCAAAUGCCACCAUCAUUGACCCUCCUUCAGCCAUACAACGCCUUCACAACCGGUUAACUAAAGGGCUAGAACUAGACCCACCGAUGGUGCUACAACAAUUUGUGGACCACGGUGGGAUCAUGUUCAAGGUUUACGUCGCAGGUGAUUACGUAAAAUGUGUGAAAAGGAGUUCAUUACCUGAUCUUUCAAAUGAGACCAUGGAGAAAAUGGUAUUAGAUUCCGGUGGGGUUAUGAGCUUCUCCAAGAUAUCAAGUGCUGUAAUCGACGAUGGCUCUAAUGAGAAUAUAGAGAUGCCGCCUCCAGAGUUUCUCGACGAGGUGGCAAAAGGCCUCAGAACGGCUCUUGGGUUGCAUCUUUUUAACUUUGAUAUGAUUAGAGACAAUAAAAAAGAUGGGUAUCUUGUGGUUGAUAUAAAUUACUUCCCGGGUUAUGAGAAAUUGCCUUGUUAUGAAUCCAUAAUGAUUGAUUUCUUCUUGAAUAUAAAGAAAUCACAGGCUUGA